AUGGUGAUGGCGAUACGGUUCGAAAGUAAUACAGUAACCGAUCGGCGUACUGAUAGCGCUGCCGCGAGUCCCUAUUCGGUCGUGAACGAGCAAAGUAUGACCACUUGGUGUGGACUUGCUACCGAUAGGCUACAGUGGUGUAUCGUUCCAAACAACGUUAUGAGUACGGCUGAUCGCAUUUUGGCGCGAUUGCCGUUGCAUCUAUUUGAAAACCUUGCCACCGACGGAAACACAAUUCCCGCACGAGAACUACGCGAGCAAAUAUGCGCGUCACUCGACACAUUGAACACGGCUUCCCGGAAUGGAUCCGUUACACACCGUAUAAGAACCGUUGGGCCGCUGCUGCAAUGCUCAGCAGCCUCUCUAGUCCGCACACUCGACCCUUUGCUCACCUACGCCUUCGAGUUGCUGCACUCGACAACCUCGUCUCUUAACGAUUGCAAUCGAUGCGAAGAGACUUUUUCACGAAUGCGCUAUUUGCCGACCGGUUUGGAGCCCUUGGAUCAGGCACUUCGGGGUGGUGUACGUGUGGGGACAAUCACUGAACUAGUUGGACCUGCUGGUGUAGGGAAAACACAGCUUGCCAUGCAGCUGUGUAUCAUGGCGUCCCGGUACGCGCAAGGAUGCGUGUAUGUGGAUACGGAAAAGAAGUUGAGUGUUGCGAGACUUCGCGAGAUUGCGUUACAACGGUCGUCUCGUGUCCCGGAUACAAACACGCACGGUGAAUUUUUGUAUCCAAGUGACACAACAUUGGUGGAAUCGACGGUUGACAUCUCUGCUACGUCGCGAAAUUGCUUCCGGAGUCCCCAAGAAGUACUGGACAACGUAACCGUCCAUUCUCCAUCGAACAUAGACGAGCUUUUUGGUGCGCUCUCUGAAGUGGAGGAUGAAUUGUUUUCGCGCAAUCACCAAUCAGUCGGGUCCUCGAAUGCCAAAUUUCCGGUUCGUCUUUUGGUGCUGGACAGCAUCGCGGCUCCGGCGCGUCGUGAUUUCGGCGCGGGAUCUGCGCCUGAACUGGCGUCUACCGUGAUAAAAAUUGCGCAAACGCUCAAACGGCUCGCGGAUCAACAUCAUUUGGUUGUUGUCGUCAUUAACCAGGUUGGUUCCUCAAUACUGGGCACGGAUGCCGUGAUCGAUCAAACCGGUAUUCGCCCUGCGCUGGGCACUUCGUGGCAUCACUGUGUCUCGACACGUGUGCUCUUUGAAUUCGAGGCGGACCUUGUGUCAAGCUCAUCACUGUCCAAUUCAGACGGUCCCCUUCGUGGAAGAGCGCCAUCUCGACAACUGAGUGUUAUCAAGAGUAAUCUGACUGGUCCAGGGAAGCCAAUUGUGUUUGACUUGACUCUUUUUGGCAUUGUCAUCAAAGCUUGA